UCAUAAUUUAACAAAUAUUAAAUCAACUUCCAAUUUUCAAUUAUUUAAUUAAUAAAAGAGGUGAUCAAAUUACUAAUUAUGCAAGCUCUUAUUUUAAAGCUAAUUAUUAUAGUUUCUAUUCCAAUCAUUAUAGGUGUUGGAAUAGUAUUAACUGUAUUCUAUAAGCAGCUAUGGAUUGCACUCGAUGAGUGGGAAAGGGACAGUAGUGUAUGGAUAAAUCAGACGCAGUAAUAAACCCUAUACAAUUCUGUACUAUCACAGUAACUUCUAGAAUAGUACAGCUUUAACUAACUCUAAUUACAUAUGGUGGUUAUGAAAAGUUUACUCUCAAAAUAUUAAUAAUCUAUCAUCAUAUAAAAUCCUGCAGCUAAUUUUACAGUUUGUUCAUAUAGAGAAUUGGAAUUCAAUUAAUGUGCUUAAAAUGUUUAUGACUAAUUAAACGAAAAUCUGUUCUAUGCAGAUAUAUACUUUGUAAGAUCUAUUUUUGAAUUUAAACUCCUUACUCCUCAACAAUAAUAUUUCAUUGAAAUGAAUCAAAGAGUUUCUUUUUAUGGAAGGGCAUCUGUUCUAGCAACUCAAAAUGAAGGACUUAUAUAAUUGAUAUACUCAUAUAAUUCAGAUACAACUUCUAUUUUAUAUGGCGUACCUACAUAGUUAUUCAACGUUACAGAUGCUGAUUAUGAAUCCUGUAUGGGAAGCGGUUUCAUAGAACCAUAUGACCCAAGAUGUAGACAUUGGUACGCCUACGCCUAGUAAAAUCAAGGAUUCUUCAUUUAUGAGCCUUAUCUCAAUGUAGUAGUAGAUAAUUUACUGAUGACUCUUUCUAGUUAAGUUGAUUAUAAAAAAGAGUUUUAUUCAGUAGCUAGUAUUGAUUUCGGAAUGUAAAAUAUAGUUUAAUUAUUUAAUUCAGCUUUAAGUGAGAACGCAUAUUCAGUACUAAUUCAUGAGUUCAAUCAAACAGUAGACUUUUAUUAAAAAUAUUAUUUAUUUUAUUGUUUUUUUAUUCUAUUUUAAUUUAUAACUUAGGUAUUCUAUCAUCCUAUGUUAUUAUUCCAUCAGGUUCUGUCUUGGGCAGAUUUAGAAUUUAUUAAUAUAAAUUAAUACUGCAGCGAUUCUGUAGAAUUAAUGUAAUAAUGCUAUAACUAAAAAGAAGACUUUUCUAAUUAAAUAGAUCAGACCAUACAAUUUAUCAAAAAUGGAAAUUAUUCUACUGAAGAUCAAUUUAACUUAGAUUAACUGUAUUAAAGAUGGGAAAGAUUUGGAUAAAAACUGUAAUUUUAUAUUUAUUUAUUUAUUAUUUGUAGAUUUAUAAUUUUUUAAAAAAAGGAUAAGCAUAAUUUUCCCUAUCAAGAGCUAGAUAAAAGGAUUUAAUAACCAAUAGCCAUAUUCUUACGCUAUAUUAAUGACCGCAAGAGUAAUAACAGAUAAAAGCGAUGA